AUGCCUACAAAGGUGGAGAAAUCGACAAUCUACUUUCCUGACAGGGCACCAGUUCAAGUUUCUGUCACGGUGGAGCUCCGAUCUUCGCCUGAACAAGUAUGGAAGGUCUUGAUUGAUAAUCCCGGCUGGGUCAAGUGGUACAAAGGUGUAUCCUCUUGUCAAACUACAUCUUCUUCAGAAGGGUUUGGAUCAACUCGGCGCAUCGUCGUAGGUGGUCUCCAGGUCGACGAAGAGAUCAUUGGGUUUCAAGAGAACAAGCUGUGGGCAUUGUCCGUCUAUCAGACAGACAAACCAGUGGCAUCCUGCUGGGUCGAACGUCUUAUCUUGGACAAAACAGAAGCGAACGGGACGAUCAUCCAUUAUGAUGCAGGGCUCGAGCUCCUUUUUCUUCCAAGUCUCCUUCAAUGUUACAUUGUGAGUGGAAUUAAGAAGGCUUGGACUGAAAAUCUUGCUGCGAUCGACGACUACAUAGACAGCAGCACCACAUCAAGCUAG